AGCCACGAGGGUUGUAAAAUCUUUUCCAAGACGCUUUCUGCUGGUUUUUUCCUACUAUGUCUGGAAGGAAGUUUAGGUCGAUCAGGCGAAGGAAGCAAUGGACACGUGGACCUCCUGCCCAGACUCUACCAGCGACAGCGACUCAGCAACAGCCGGAAAUCGCGUCCGCUACCGCGCCAUCUUCAGUCGCCGUUCAAGAGCCGUCAGGUACGCCCAGCAGAGAUGCUACUGCGUCGAAGAAGAAACUCUCUGUCUCUCCACAUCUUUUACUGGCUCUCUCCAAAGCCUUCUUGAAAAGGAAGGACAUAAAGAGACUGGGCAGCAGUGAGUACAAGUCAACAGACGAAGCCAAAAAACUGAGACGUAUAGCCAGACGCCGGAGGAAGGGUCUGGAUGACCGCCAUAAACAGGGGGAAGGGGUGAUGUACGCAGCGGGAGCC